AUGUUCUCAUCUGAACGCAUGAACACAAUUCAUUCCGAUCAAGAAGAAGAGGAUGAUCAACCUCUCUCCAUUGAAGAUUUAUAUGCGUUAGCAAUUGAAAUGAAACAAGAAGGAAAACUCAAAAUGGCCAAACAAUCAUGUCUUGAAGGUAUUCAAAAAUUACGUAAUCAUAUGGAUACUACUUCCGAGAAAAUGAUGUCAUCAUCCUCUACAACAAGACAUUCAUCCUCUUGUUCACUGUUAUUUUCAUUUUAUAAUUUAAUUUCUCAAAUUUGUUUGGAAUUAAAAGAAUAUGAAGAUGCAUUGGAUUAUAAUCAACAGGUGUUGGAUCUAGACUCUUUAUUUAUGGAUGCAAGAUAUAGAAUGGGAUUUAUUUUAAUUCAAAUGAAAGUAUUUGAUUUGGCAAAGAACGUCAUUGAAGAAUCAAUGAAAUUAAAAUUAGAAAAUGAAAUUGAGGAACAAGUGAUGAAAAAGAAAUUCUCUAGCUUGUUGGAAUUGAUUGAAAAGAAUGGUAGAGAUAAAAAGAAUCAUCAUUCUCAUCAUUUACAUGAAAAGAAUCAUUCUCACGAAACGACUCAUCAUUCACAUGAAACAAAACAUUCUCAAUCAACACACAAAAUUCUCAUUCAUUUAAUUCGAACAUUUUCUCAAAACUUCUUGCAAUCAUUGAUUUCAGAAUAUUUAAUGUCUCAAUUAUCAACAACAACAACAACACAACAUUGCGAACAGAAAUCAAAGACUUUCCUUCUUUUACCAAAGUCAUUGCAUAAUCAUGAAACCAUUACUUCACCUCAUAUUACCUUUUACCAAGAUGUGAUCAUGCAAUGUAUGACCAUUUAUGAAAUGUUACACAAAUCUGAAACCAAUGAAAAGGUUCACUUCAUGAUCGUGGCCUCUCCAUCAUUGAAUAUUGAAGAGUUUAGAGAUCAUCCUUUUUUGAAUCUUGUCCACAGUGGUGUUUCUUUGAAUGCUAGUACUUUUUACAAUGAUAUUAAGAGUGAUGAUCGAAUCGUACAAGUUAUUGAAGAAAGUAAUCUAGCAAUUUUGGAGAAUUCAACAACGCUUUGUGAAGACAUCAAAGCAACCAUUCAAACACUCAACACCAACAUUUCAAUUUUAGAUUCAAAUCAAUCAAUACUCCAUGAUCUGAUGAUGCAUUCAAGCAAUACUUUUGAUUUUCAGAACGCUGUGGAUCAUCUUGGUUGGUGGAAGACUCUUUCUCACUCCUCUCCACGUGAUCACUACUGCAAUAUCGUAUCAUUUGUAUUUUGUUCAAGAAAACCAUUCAAUCUUCAACAGCUCUUACAAAAACUCAAUAACAGCAAUGGAGAAGAAUCAGAACUGUUUUGGGAUGUUGUGAUUCGUUCGAAAGGAUUCAUAUGGGUCGAUAGUGAUCACAAUUAUUUAUAUGAUUGGUCAACAAGUGGUUCCCAAUUGAAAGUGGUAAAGAAAACAUUGUUCUUAGCUGCGUAUCCUCCUGAAACACUUUCCAAAGUAUUACCUGAAAGACUUGUAGAAAUGAAGAGAAUCAACAAGUGGAUGGAACCAUUUGGUGAUAGGAGGCAAGAAAUUGCUUUUAUUUGUCGAAAAACUUCUCAAGUCGCCGAUCCAUACCAAUUCAUUUCUCAAUUUCUAUCAUCCAUGACGAAAACUCCUUCCAAUGUUAAUAUUAUUAAGUACAACAUGUGA